AUGGCGAGGAGAUCGCGACCCAGCACCAACUCGUCGCCGACGUCAUUCUACACGAGCAAAGAAGACGAAUCAGACCGCACUGCCAAGUCGACGACCGCGAGUACGCCUGUAAAAGGCCAGCCGUGCCCGUAUCGAGAGGCGCGCGAGCUGCCGCAUGAGUUGAAGGAGCACUGCCAGAUCUUCCUUGAGGAACAGCUAUAUACCUGCGCUAUCGACCUCCUCAACAGCAUUCUUGGCUCCGGCGUGUCAAGAAAAUCCCCGAGCAGCAAGCCGGCCGCCAUCCCCCCGCCUAGCCAUCUCGCACUCCUCGGCACCAUUGCCGUUCACCCAAUACACACAACGCGCGUCGACAAACCCGAGCAUCUCGACGUCUCCUCCCUCGCCUUGGGCUACCUUCGCAACGUUCUCACCGUGGUUGGACCGCUUCACGCCGACUUUCGGACCGCAUUCCAGUUCCGCUCAAUACCGAGAUGGAAGAGUCGAGCAGGACAUGUUGGCCAUGGUAGCGACAGCGAUAUGUCUGAUGACGAUUCAAAGGGCCGCAAUGAUUCUCUACGGGGGAGAAUCGCAAACGAGGGCGGUGUGUGGGUCAAGGGCCAGGACUUCUGGUCUACCGUGGGGUGGGCGUUUCACUGCUGCUCACUGAUGCCACACCGAUGGCGGUACUGGAAGGCGUGGUUGGAGUUUAUGCUGGAUGUGUUGGAUGCCGACUGGGCUGAGAGAGAGCGUCGCGACAAGGAGGACCAUGAGACGAAUGGUCAAGUGGGCGAUGCACCUACCGUGUGGCGCGCCGAAUCCAUAAUCACCAUGUACAUGGACCAGAAAGAUGGCCGCCACUCUGGUCCCAAGGCGAUCAUGAGGGCAUUGCUUGCUUACAACGGCAGCGUGUCUUCUUCGUCUUUCCAGGAAAUAUUUGACAAGGAGCACAAAGGACCGCGGCAGCGGGGGAAGAAGCGGAAGCGCGACGCGGUCCUUGACCUGGCCAACGACCAAUUUGGCGACUAUUUCGACGAAGACGACUCGAUAUCCUCUGGCGUCUCCGAACCUCCAACCCCUCAAAAGCAGCGCACAAAAGCUGGCGGCUCGGGAGUCAGCUCGGGGGUCAGCGCAGGCAUGGUUGAGUCCAUCCACCUACGGAUGCGGCUAUUCAGACUGCUUUCUGCAGCUACGCAUACGCUAAGCAGCAAACGCGAGCUUGACAGGCUUUACGAGGACUUUGCAGCCAGCAUCAAGGUCCUUCCCUUGGAUAUGUUUGCGUUAUUCGUCUCCCAGCGAGAGAACCCUCUGCUGCCUGAAUCGCACGUCACCUUGACCAAGGAACUCUUCCAUCGGCUUCUCCCUUCAUCCUUCAAAGACCCCCGCAGGGCGGACAAGGAAGGCCAUUCUAGAGGCAGUUUGACAAAGCCCAUGCUGGAAGAGUGCUACGUAUGCCACCCCGCCAAUACGGUUGGCCUGGAGGACAAUGCCAAGUUGUCGCUGGUGGUUGAGAGCGCGAUACAGCUGCUGUGGAAUUUCGAUAUGGUGGAGUACACAGACAGCUUCAAAGUCGCAGUGGAGAAGGGUAUAGACGCGCGAGAGAAGAAGGCGCAGAGGAAGAGGACGGGGCCCCGAAAGGCCGACGCAGGCGAUUCGCACGCUCACAACGUCAUGAACGCAUCUACCGAGAGGAUUCGAACUUUGGUGGAGAUGCUAGAGAUCUCUGCUAGUUGA